AUGUGGUCUAGCUACUCUGACCAACUUAGACAAGAUAUUUGUAGCCUUUUUGGCCAAGUUCUACGUCAGACUGCCUCUGCAUCAACGGAGCAGACAGAAGCUGAGCUACCACCUGUGGGAGUGGGGGGUUUCGCAAAUGAGAGUGGCCGCAAGAUGGAGGUCACCGACGGUCCUCCAUGGGGUGGGCGAAGUCGAGGCAGGAUUUGCAAACAGACACAGAGAGCAUGUCUGCCAUACUGUAGGUGGAAGUCAAGACGUCGGACUACUACGCCAGCAGCUAACCAUUAUUAUGAGAAGAAGCGCCGAACUCUACUGACGUCCACCGGCUGCAUGGCACCUGUCACCCACUAGGCCUCAAGCACCCCAUGCUGCCUAUUACUCUAAGGGACUGUGUUUGGUGUUCGAAAGGGAUAGGCUGAUCCCUAUCGUGCUCCAAAUGAGUUGACCAUGUUGUCCUGGGAAGUUGUGCUUAUGAAUAGUAAGGGUCAAUGCAUAGAUCUGCAGUAAUUAAUCCUACUGCUAUGUUUUUGCUUCUGUUUAAUAAUAUGUGUUUUCUUAUUUACCUAACAAAAAAGUGCAGUAUUGUAGACAUGACCUGAUACUCUUAAUGUCUAUGUAAAACCCUUGUUUUCAUGUCUUGCUCAACGUGUACCCAUAACACUGCACUGCAAAAAUAAUUAUAUAUAAAAACAUUUUUUACCUCAUUUCCAUUAUAUUUAUUGCCCUGUGUCCUGGUCUGCACACGGUUAUUUUUUUCUCAAACCUAUUGUUGUUUUUCCUAUAUUCUACUUACAAACCCCAUUAUUAAUUUAUCUUAUAUAUGUGUUAAUCAUACCAAUACAAUUAGUGCACAUAUGAGAGCUUAUUUUAAAUAUAACUAAUAAACAUAUUUAAAAUGUGCACCUUGAUUUAAAGAUGUUUCAUGUUGUUAUUAACUUUAAAAAAACAAGUUUUAUUCCUGUUGUGUGUUUGAUUAUAUUUUUAUUUAGGUUUUACAGGGAUCCCGAGAGUUUAUUGAGUUUUUCACUGCCGACAUCCAUGGAUUGCUUCAGUCCUUGGGUGGGACAUCUUCAAUGAGUGAUGACAGGACAGGUGUGUAAUAUUAAAAAGAAGCGCAAACAAAAAAUUCCUUAACAAAACAACAUGACUCUGCUUUCUUGCAACGCAUUCAACAGAAAUUGAAUGGCUGAGAUUAACCAAAGUCACACAUUUUCUGAAAAUAUAGAUUUUUAAAUGUGUCAUGUUUGAAUGUAAGCAUGUUUUUGUAUGGAGAAUGUUUGUGUAAAUGUAGGGGUGUGUUUGUAUGUGGUGUUGGCGUUUGAAAGUAAGCAUGCAUUUAUGUGUAGUGUUGGUUUUCAAAUGAAGAGGUGUAUUUAUAUUUAAUUUUGGUGUAAAACACAGAAGUGUGUUUAAUGUAGUGUUGACGUUUCAAUGCAGGAGUGUGUUUAUAUAUAAUGUUGAAGUUUGAAUGCAGUAUUUUGUGUGUAGUGUUGGCGUUUGAAUGUUGAAAUGUAUACACAUCAACGCCACACGCCACAGAGAAACUGCAAUGUUUACAUUGCAUCACUAAGUUAUCCUCGAUUGGCUAUCUGCCACCGGACUUCCUGGUUUGAAAUGGACUGACACUGGACAUCCUCACACUCUGCAUGAGGACCUCCAACAGCAGAUUUAUUUCCCCAUAGGAAAGCAAUAAUGCAAUGCCACGCAUGCGCAUUUGAGCCUGCAGGGUUAAGGAGGAGGUAAGUAAAUAAAGUGUUAGGAACAGGUAAGUAAAUAAAGGAAUACAGCAUUGUAUUCCUGGCACUAUAGAAUCCCUUUAAUAUUAGUUGUCAAUGAUGACAACUAAUAUUAAAGGGACAACUAAUAUUAAAGGGAUUCUAUAGCAUUAGAUGCUUCUUGUUAGACAAUGUGUGAUAGAAAUCUGAGUUAUGCAUAUACUCAUGAGGAUGUGAAGAACAUUUCAUCAGUUAUCUUGUGGCCUGUUCCUCAGAAAUAGAAGCCUUACUGGGAGUUGGGGGAGAGCACUGUAGUGGUAAAAUGUAUUUGCCAUUGUAUGUCUAAUCUGCUUUAAAUAAAACAUUAUUUCAUUUUUUAUUUAUUUUAAACAUCUUAUAUUUAUGUUUAUUCCUACUCAUAUUAUAGCGUCCUAACGAACUAAAUGUAUUUGUAGAAAUGGUAAGCUACUCUUGAUCUGCUUUGUCCAUAGACCAAGAUCAGUAUUGCUCAAAUAAUGCCUUUUUUUUAAGUGAUUUUUCAUAACAGAAAUAAUCAAAGCAGACUGUAGAUCAAAGCAAAGUUAUAUUAGAACUACAUAAUGAAAAAUGAAAGUAUGAAUGAGAGCAUACAUCUCAGUUUUUCAGAGAAUAAAAAAAAAGCGCUUCUAUGCAGCAACAUGGUUGUUUAUAAAUGCGAACUAACACUUUGAUCAUUGCAAGGCCAGAUAACAUGACCAAGUGCAUCAUUUAUUAGCUGUUCCUACAUUUUUCUUGUUGCUUUGGUUAGAACAUAUUCAUAUUUUUUUUGUUCAUUUGCAGUGAAGCUGUUUUAGAUUUGCUCUUAUUUUCAAAGCUUCUUUCAGUCACUGCAUAUCAUCCUGAUUUUGUCUCAUAAAUUUUUAUCAUUUCUGAUUUAAGCUAAUUAAAUCAAGGCCGUAAUUCCCUUUUAUAGAUGUUAUUUUUGUUUUUGAAGUUUUGUGCUUCUGUUCUCUGUCCUUUUGUUUGUAGUGUGCCUUAAGAUAAUUAGAGAGUGUGGGUACAAUGAAUCGUUAAGUAAAACGUACUGGUAUAGUCAGCUUUUCUCUAUUAGCAAGCUACAUAUUCUAGCAUCCCUUAAAGGAACACUAUAAAGUUAGUAUUACAAAUCUGUAUUCCUACCGCUAUAGUGCCCGUGCCCUACUCAUUUCCAGCCUAGUGUAACACAAAUUUAAUAAAUACAUUUUUCCAGCACUGAGCUCCCUUGGUUCUGUUCAUCUCUCCGCCUCCAGCGACAUCACAGAGGCACUUCCUCCUCAGCCGAUGUCCAAUUCAGUGCUUCUCAUAGAAGAGACCAUGAGCAAUUGGUUCCAUUUAUUUACAUUACUUCAAGACACCUCACACAUACACAAACCAUUCCCCAGAGUAGAGCACUUAAUCAGUGCUUUCCUAUGGAGCGUCUGCAUCAUCAGAGGAUUUUUUUUCCACUUGGCAUCUGAUUUAAAUUCUCGGAUCUCAUUAACUGUGGAGAAUUUACACGGCUGUUUACAUAAAGUAACUUGUAAAUUAUUGUGUUUUUUUGUUGUUGUAUGUUUUCAGUAAAUGCCAAUACAUUUUCUACAAUACAUUCUGCUUGUGUGGUUUAUGAGGAAUUUACAUGAUAUAUAGACCGUUGUAUUUUUAAUCUAACAGGCAAUUCUAAUGGCUCUGAAUAUGAUGAAGGAAUAACAUAUGAACAAUUACAGGUAAGAUGGAAAAAUCUAUGCAUUUUGAAAUAGUUACAUUACCAACACUCGAGAGCUUUUCCCUGUCCCUUGAGUAAUUAGUACAGUGUCAAAGGAUCUCAGAGUCUUACUAAGUUUGUUUAAGUCCACGAAACAGUAACUUGCCUAGUUACGGUGGGAAUUGAUUAUGAUGUCAUAAUGCAUAUAGUAGAAUUCCAUAAGACACUUUAAGUUAUUAUUGUGCUCAUAGCAUCUACUAGCAAUUGCAAAUUCAUAUGCAAAGGGAAAAAAGUAAGAACUUGACGACAUGAAACAUUGGCACAAUCUCCCCUUUUAAAAAAUAAUAAUAAUAACGAAAUAAGUAUAAUCGUACCUGUUCACCACAAGGCCAGGUUCUCCCUGCAGUCCAUUCCUUUGGUGAUGUCAUUCUCCCUCACUGGAGGGGGCGGGAUGUCCUAGAGGGUAGCCUGAGUGGAAGACUUGGGCAGCAUGUAGGGAGUUGUGUCUCCAUUGAUCGUCAGCCUACUAUGCAUGCUCAUGAUAGAUGCCCACUAUGUACAGAUUGUCAAAAUGUACAGACUUUCAUCUGUUUGCAAUGAAAAAAAAAAAAUAAACAAAAGAAAUUGACAUAGCUCAGCACAGCAAAUGCUUCAAGUGGUUUCCCCAAAUUCAACUGAAAAUGCAACUUAUAAUGACUUCUCCAGUCUCAAAAUUAUUCGACCCCUUAAUGGCAAGCAUCUUUAGUUCUUAGUAGUGCUCCCUUUUGCUGUUAUGGCCUGCUGCAAAUGAGAUACAUAGACAGACAUGAGCUUCUAUCAACAUUUCUGAAAAAUCUUAGCCUAUUGCUCAUAAGCAAAGGCCUCCAGUUCAGUAAUAUUCUUGGGUUUGUGUGCCCAGUCAGGUAACUGAUGUCCACUGUAGAAUUUUCCAAGACUUUCCCUGCAACCAAUUUGAGGUAUACUUGGGGUCCUAUGAUCAAUGAGCUCAGCUUCCUCACAGACGGCAUGAUGUUUUCUUCUAGAAUUCCUGAUACCUUAAUGAAUCCAUCUUGCUUUCCACACACUGCAGGUUUCCAGUGUCAAAUUAUGCAAAGCUGCCCAGGCAUACUUAGCUAUAGUCAAAAUGUUCUUUUCAGCAUAUGCUUCAUUCUUCUUCCUCUAGUUAUACAGCUGAUCCAUUGGGCCAAAAAGUUCCAGUUUUAUUUCAUCGCUCCACAGAACAGAAUCCCAAAAUUUCUGUGGCUAAUGUAUAAGAUUUUAAGAUUAUUACAGACUACUUUUCUUGUGUUUUGGGGUUAGUAAUGGUGUACAUCUUGGAGAUCUUACAUGGAAACCUUCUGCAUGUAGUACGCGCCUUACUGUGCUCACUGAAAUCUCAGUGCCUCUUGCCACCAAGUCUUGCUGCAGGUCUUUUGCAGUCACUCAAGAAUUUUUCACAACCUGUCUUCUCAAAAAUAUGGUUGCAACCAGUCAUAGCUUCCUUUUUCUGCCCCAUCCAGGUAGUGGAACUACUGUUCCUUUAACUUUGAACUUGUGAGCUAUGCUUCCAACAGUGUCUCUCAGAGCAAUCCUUCGCUAUCUUUUUGUAUCCUGUUAUUUGUUUGUGAAAGGCAAUGAUCUCUUCGCUUAAUUUUAUGGACUAUUCUUUUGACAUAUUUUCUCAUGCAGUUAAAAGGUGACACUCAACAAAUACCUAGCCAAUUCAAGUAUCUCAAGUGUUCCAGCUCAAGCACACCUGGUGCAACUAAUGAAGCCCUUGAUGAUGUGCGUGAGACAAUGCCUUUUUUGCAUAUUUGUGCUGUUGUGAAGGAUUCUGUUAAAUAAUUUUGAGAUGGAAGAAGUCAUUAUAAGCUGCAUUUUCAGUUGAAGCAUUCAUUGUGUUGAGCUAUUUCAAUUGCUUUUGUUUGGUUUUGUUUAUUGCAAUCAGCUGAAGGUCUGUACAUUGUAAAAAUAAACCUGAUUUUAAAUGGGGGCUGAAUAAUUUUGAUUACAACUGUAUAUAUAGCAUUUCAAACUGAAGAGCUGAAGCCCUGAACAUAGAGGCUCCCGGCACUAUGACCACUUCAAAACACUGAAGUGGUCAUGGUGCUUGGAGUUACCUUUAAAUCCAAGGCACCUGUUUUUAAUAAACUAAAAUUCUUUUUACACAGACUAUGAUAGAAGAUGUUCUGGAAGACAGCGGCUACUAUAAGCUAUCGUCCAACAGGUAUGAAUAUUAAUUACAUGAAACAGCCAGAAAGUGGGGGGUCAUUAGAAUGUAAUAUUAAGGAAAAUUCUUAAAACACUAUUUUCAUCAGGGUUGGUUUUCAGCUAAUAGCUAACAUUCACAAACAGCCCCUUAAUUAAAGGGGCACAUUUAAUACUGAAAAGACCAUGAUUAUUUUUAUAUUGUAACAAUUACACUUCCUGAAAAAACAGGUUUGUCGGGCAAUACAAAUACUUUCUAGUAUGGAUAAUGAUCAAACUAUAGAUUUGAAUUGAAUUUCAAUUCGAACUCAUUUAAUUAUUCUUAGUUUUAGGUGCUGUAUUUUUCUUAUACUAGAUAUUAAUGUCUAGUUAUCUUCAGUCUUAUUUAAAUCUAGGAAACGUAGCUAUCACAAUUUACUUGCAAAUAGUGUAUCUCAUGUAUCUGUAUUUAUUAUUACUGGCUAAUUAAAAAAAACGUGUAGCUUUAUCUCUGAAUUGUCAAAUUCACUAAAAUGCACUUGUUUUGCAUAUAUUUACAAUGUUUGUACCAGUUAUUUUUUCUUUUGACUAAGUAUGACAAUAUUUUACAGAGCUCCUUGUGAUCUGUGA